UCCCAGUCCUUGCCAUGGUGGUGGUUGUCCCAGUCCUUGCCAUGGUGGUGGUUGUCCCAGUCCUUGCCAUGGUGGUGGUUGUCCCAGUCCUUGUCGUGGUGGUGGUUGUCCCAGUCCUUGUCGUGGUGGUCCUUGUCCCAAUCUUUGCCGUGGUGGUGGUUGUCCCAGUCCUUGUCGUGGUGGUCCUUGUCCCAGUCUUUUUCAUGUUCAUCAUAACCUCGCUUAUGAUGAUUCUUCUUAUUGUAAGAGCAGCUCCAGUUGUGAGAACGGCAGUCACCAGAAUCGUGAGGCUUCCAGCAAGAGACAGAGUCAUAACCAUUCUUGUUACAGUGGUAACCUUUACCAGUCAUGUCAUGAUGGAAUCUAUCGCGGUUCCAAGUACCAUACUUGUUACAAGCCUUGUCAUUGCACUUGUAAACACAACGUCCUUUAUCGCUAUGGGUAUAGUAGCAAGCGUCUUCACUAUAGCCCAAGACCAAGGUAGCAGCAGCAGAUAAAGCCAAAAGUGUAGCAGUAAAUUUAACCAUUGUGGUAAUUGAAUGUCGUUUGAAUGG